CAUUUUACUACAUAAUACACAUCCCUAUAGGAGUCUAAACUCUGCUACAAUGUGAAAAAAGCAGCUCCACAAAGGUGAAAAAAAAAAGAAAAGAAAGUUUUUUCCCCUGAGGAAAACACCCCACUCUCUAAGUGAGCAAUAAAUCUGGCACUUAGGAGAGGUUGUCCGUGUGUGUGUGUGUGUAUUUGUAGCGUGUAAAUGUACUGAGUGUCCUCAAGUCCAUAGCCUCCAGAGCUGUCAAAUGUUGUCUGGCCCCACAACAUCCGUAGCCUGUGACCCCUGUAACUCCUGUUUUGUUCUCGGCACUCCAGGCCCCUCAGAUAUCCCUCUACUGGAACUCCCCCCAGAUGACAGACACCGCUCUCUCCUCCCGUUCCUCCACACUACCCCAGUAGCCUUUGACCUCCCCAGCACCUCUGCCUCUCUCUGCGCGGCUGCCCUCGCAUUCCAGUAAAGGCGCUGAAACCUGAGCCCGCGGUGAGCUCAUCGCCGUGGCCACGGGAAUCAAGAGUUAAAUGAUACCAAAAAACAGAGAGAGGAGAGAAAACGGAGACAGAAGGGGGAGAGGCAGCCGCUGGUGCAGGACAGGUCUGGAACUGGUUCUGUGUGUCUGCUCGCCGGGGCUCCUCGGGGGGGUUAAGUUACACCAGAGAAAGCGAGGAGGAAGAGGAAGGAGAAACUGCUGGCGUCUUUGAAUUCUCUCUCUGCUUUUGUCUGUUUCUCCGCGGCCUGAGCGACUGGUGCCUGCAGCUUCCUCUUGACACACUCCAGCGAGCCCGCCGACCUCCAUCCGCGCUUUCAAGUUAACGAGCCCCGUCGGUCUCGUCCUCGUGUCUGGGAGCCGGGCUGAGAUGUGAGUGUAAUGCAGCGAGGUCGUGCUCUCCACUCUCUCUGACUCUCUCCUCUUCUCUGACCCUGCCAUGACCACCAAGUGUCCAAAGACAGUCUCUGGAUCCAAAUGUCACCCCCCUUGGACUCUGCCCCGGUCGGGGACCAGCAGUGUGUGACGGACAGGCGAGUGGAGCCUGUGGUGGCUCUCUACUGUGUGGCUUCAAAUUGGCCCUGGCUGAGCGCUGCAUGGAGCUACGAGUGAAGAGUCCUGCUAUGGUCUGAUGUCUCAGCAUGGAUGGAGUCAGUCAGAGGACUGGCCACCACUAAUGAGACCAUCGCGCUUCAGCUGAGGACUAGCAUUUACAGGAUUACUCCCACGGUUUCCUGCUCUUUUCCCAGCUAACUGCAUCAUUUCUGAACUCCCCUAGGUGGACUUUUCAUGAGUCUAGUUUUUUGUGGAUAUAUUACGUCAUUGCCUUUCUGAUUUUCAUAUUUGUUUUUUCCCAACCCAGUUUUUUUUAUUGUUGGUUUCCAUUUUCCCGUUUUGCUUUUCCACUAUGGAGUUUCUGGCUGGACCUUGGAAUAAAGAUUGGGCUUCAUUCUUGCAAUUUUGGUUGACUGUCAUCCUAAGCCUCCAAAUGCAAUUCAGCCCGGGUGCCUCUUGCCCGGAAGAGUGUCGUUGUGACAAAUCGUUUGUGUACUGCAAUGAACGCAGCCUGACAUCAGUGCCUCUGGGGAUAGAGGAGGGCUACAAGGUCCUCUACCUACAUAACAACCAGAUCAACAGUGCUGGCUUCCCUAUGGAACUUCACAAUCUGGCCUCUGUGGAGACGGUCUUUCUCUAUGGCAACCAGCUGGACGAGUUCCCCGUUAAUCUGCCCAAAAACACCAGGGUCCUGCAUCUUCAGGAGAACAAUAUCCAAACGAUCUCCAAGGCAGCCCUGGCCCAGCUGACUCAAUUAGAGGAGCUGCACCUUGAUGAUAACUCCAUCUCCACAGUGGGGGUGGAGGAAGGGGCCUUUAGGGAGGCAGUAAGCCUCAAACUCCUCUUCCUCACCAAGAACCACUUAAGCAGCGUUCCCAUUGGUCUUCCCGAGGACCUGAAGGAGCUGCGGUUGGAUGAGAACCGCAUCGCUGUCAUUGCAGAGGAGGCCUUUCAGAAUGUGACACGUCUGCAGCGCCUCCUGCUGGACGGGAACCUGCUGACGGAUGAGGGCAUUGCGCCAGGGACCUUCCAGGACCUUGUCAACCUCCGUGAGCUGGCCCUGGCCCGCAAUUCGCUCACCUUCCCCCCUCCCCUCCUGCCCAGCCAGUCGCUGGUCAAACUCAGCCUGCAGGAGAACCAGAUCGACCAGAUCCCUGUGGCCGCCUUCGCCGGCCUAAACAGGCUGGAAAAACUGGAUAUCUCAAGCAACCAGCUUCAGACUCUGACACAGGGUGUGUUCGACGGCCUGUCGAGCCUAAAGCAUCUCAUGGUGCGCAAUAACCCGUGGCGCUGUGACUGUGCGGUGAAGUGGGUGGUGGUGUGGCUCAAGUCUCUGCCUUCCUCCAUCAACGCCCGAGGCUUCGUGUGCCUGAGUCCAGACAAGGUGCGUGGCAUGGCAAUCAGAGAGCUCACGCUGGAUAUUAUCGAGUGCCCGGUUGAUGUCGAUCAGCCGCCCUGGCCCACCCUCCGCUCUACACCCCCUCCCCCGCCCACCACUACCCCCGUCACCACCAUGAUCUCCACCGUCAUCACCACAUCCAUCCCUUACUACUUUGACUCACCCUCCCCUCCCUUACCCCCAAUCCAUAACAACCCUCCUGGGCCCCUGCCUCCAUACGAGGACCCCCUUCAGAUCUCCUUCAACGUGGUCAACUCCACCAACAUCGAGGUGAGCUGGGAUUCCUAUUUCACCGUCACAGCUUACAAGGUCACUUGGGUCAAAAGGGGCCAAACCCAAAUAAACGAAGGAAUGCGGGAGCGGACGGUGAGCGGUGGCCGGCGGCACAUCAGCCUCACCAACCUGGAGCCCCGGUCCGUGUAUCGGAUCUGCGUGCACGUUCUGGACACCCUUAACUCCUACAGGCCCGGAGAGGAUACUAUAUGCUCCGAGGCCAGGACCAAGCCUGCCUUGUCUACUAAGCCCCCCGGCAGAGACCAAGCUCCUCAGGAGAGCAUCAACUCCACACUGCUCAUGGCUGGGAUCAUAGGUGGGGCAGUUCUUCUCAUCCUGGUAACGCUGCUCAGCUUGUUCUGCUGGCACAUGCACAGGAAGAGCCGGUCGUCUUCGACAAAGUGGAAAUACAACCGGGGCAGGAGAAAAGACGACUACUGUGAGGCUGGAACCAAGAAGGAUAACUCCAUUCUGGAGAUGACUGAGACCAGUUUCCAGAUAGUGGCGCUGAACAAUGAGCAGCUGCUCAAGGGAGAUUUCCGCAUUCAGCCCAUCUACACGCCCAACGGGGGCAUUGGAUUUAGAGACUGUCACCUCAGUAACAACAGUAUAGCCUACUGCAAGAGCAGCAACGUGCCCAGUACAGAGUUCUGCCACACGUGAUGCAGCAGCAAACAGUACAGCGGCAUUUAUACAUACACACACAUACACACACACACACACACACACACACACACACACACACACCAGACACAAUACAAGCAUAAAUACACACACAUACACUGUUUGUGUAGACAACAAAAAACAUAAAAAUUCUAGUGAAAUAUAACUGUACUAUAUAUAUUUCCAAGUUCUGUCUACAAUGUAAUUUAUACUGUGGAUAAUAAUGUGGGAUUCUCUGCUAUCUUUUUUAUUCUUAGGAAAAAGAGAUACAAGUGUUUCUUUUUUUAUAUUCAGCAGGGUUUUGAAAGUUGUUUUAAUGGUCAGUACUGUACAUGAACAUGGAUUUGUACAAUCACGGCACCCUGGGUGUAGCUUCUGACGAACGCUGUCAGCCUUGGAAACGUUGGGGCGCUUAGAGGGCUGGGAUCCUUUGCUAACCACAGAAGCAAAAAUAUGGCCUUUUUUGACACACUGCAAACACUCCCCAGUACAACAGAACAGUGGUAAAGACAACACAGCACAGGGGAAAUCCAAACACUGCUGAUUAGAGCGCUGUGGAAAUAAAGCACUGCUUCACUGGUGGCAUGUUGUAAAAAAAAGAAUUGAAGUGCACUUUCUUAUUAAUGGAAGCAAGGCAGGAAAUGAACAGAGGUGGUGAUCACGUGCGAGGGAUUGCGGCCGGUUGUGUAGGGGGAAUGUCGUUGGCUGAGAUUUCCCAAAAGUGCCUUAACACUAAAAGCACCUUUGUUCUGUUGUUUACAGUGGAACAAAGGUGGGCUUAGUCAAGAGACGCUUUUGGAAAACUCUGGAAAAAAGGAUAUGUCAUUUUCACCACACUUGUUUUCUGUAGUGAUGAGGUGCAAUUAUUAACAUGAGCCUGAAAAGCAACAAAGGAUUAUUGUCCCUAAUGAGGCGCGUGGAUGUGCUGACACAUGCAGAUCCUUUUGGAAGAAAUUCCCUAAUUUGUUCUGCUUCUUUUGCCUUUUUUUUUUUUUUUUUUUUUGCCUGUUUUCCCUGUUUUGGCGAGUGAGGCCACAAGGGGGCAGUUUCCCUCAGCGUCAUGUGUGGGACAGAGGAACAGAGGGCAAGACAGAGAGAUCACUUUACCACCACCAUUCCCCUGGAGUCUAUUACCCAGACGACAUUACUCAUGCCCAAGCAGCAUUGUUUUAGAGUAUUAUUGCUCAUCGACCAACCUGACGAUGUGGAAUCAUUUAAAACUAACGGUGUUUUUCUGUGUUUGGUGGCUAAAUUGUAUGGAUUUUUCACCACUGUGGUCUAUCAUGGCGGGAGGUCUCUGCUCCUCUGUGUGUGUGUGUGUGUGUGUGUGUGUGUGUGUGUGUUGAGAGCAUGAUGAAUUUUGAGAAGACACACACAUUAUGCUAAUUAUACACCCACUUAUUUCAGCCUUGUCCCAGCGUUCAUUAGGCUUUUUUGAUAAAUUAGGAAAUUACAACAAUAAGAUCGCGCUCCGCCCAUGAUCCUCGCCGUGCACAGUCGUGACUGAGCAGCUCAUCUCGCAUCUCAUCAUUUAUCCUUUUGUCUACGUUUACCACGCCGUCUCCCUCAUUUACCGUUUGCGCACCUGAAUAAUGCGCCUGCUCACUUCGCGACAUUAGUUUCCGCGGCGAUGAUCCUCACCCCGCUCUCCUCGCUUUCGGUGUCUUUUCUGUCCCUUUCUCUCCUUUUCCGUCUCACCGUCUCCCUGUCUGUCCCUGCACCUCUUGAUCCCUGCAUGGGCUCAAUUAAAACACUUUUCCUGCCCUUCAGCUCACGGGCCGUGGUGGCAGCUCUUUGCAUGUGAGGUGCCAGUGAGAGGUCUUCAUUAUGCACUUCUUAAGGAGACUUUAUUUGAUUUGACAAGAUUUUAUUUUGAGGGGCCAGGCUUAAAGAAUUCCCACCGCCGACCCCUCCGCUCCCCCUUUUUUCUUUUCCCCCCUCUCUUCAUAAUCCUCGACCAAAAAAGGGAGAAAAAUAUGUAGUCCUUAUUUUCACUUGGCUGCGUGGAGCUCACGCUGGGAAGGAGAGUGUGUUAACUCUUUGUGAGGCGUGCAGGUUUCAGCUGCUGGGACAUACGCAGCAAAGGCCGAACAUUUACAGUCAAACGAUUUGUAAGGGCUUGUACUUGAGUUAUUCCAGAGUGUCGAGAUUAUCUCUUGAGAGGAUUUACCUCUACUUUUGAGGUACCGUGGAGUAUCUCAGAAGUAACUGCACUUACUGUAAUUCCAGCAAUAGCUCAGCUCACGACCACAUGGACUUUAAUUUGAAAGGGAUGCAGAGACGUCCUCAGCCCCGACGUUUAAACGAUUAAACAAGCCAACAAACAGUGAAUUAGUGAAAUCUUCUGUCUUAACUGUAAUUUUAUGUCUUAAAAUCUUGUUUCUAAUAAGACAACUGACAUAUUUUUUUUCACCCAGUUUUUGGAGAUGGAUUUAUUUAAAUGGCAGUAUAUCAAAAAAAAACACAAAAUCUCUGUUAUCCAGGAAACUUUUAAAGCAAUAGUUUGUCAUUUUUAGUUAAUGCUUUCAUUCACUUUCUUACUGAGAAGAUGAGCAAAUGGAUACCACUCUCAUGUCUGUAUGCUUAAUAUAGCCAGCCAGGUAUCUUAGCAUAAAGGCUGGAAAUAGAAGGAAGCAGCUAGGCUGGCUCUGCUUUAAAGGGUAAGAAAACUCUCUGUAAAACCAUGUGUCAGCUUUACACUUUGGUUUUUGUAUGGCUUUGUCAGUUUUAAAAAUGCUGGUCGGUAGAUGUUGUUUCCUUUGGACAGAGCCUGGUUAGCUAAACUAGCUGUCUCAUGGCUAACAGCUUCAUAUUUACCAUACACACAUAAGAGUUGAAUCACUUUUCUCUCAACUCUUGGCAAGAAAGAGAAUGUGUCUGGGUUUUUUUUUUUUUUUUUUGCAAAAUGUCAAACUGUUUCUUGAAGAGAAAAACAAAAUCCUAAAAUAAAUUAAUUUGCAUUGCAACAAAAUUAAUGAUCUCAUUCCCCUAGUAAAUUAUGAACAUUUGUUUGAAGCAAAAGAAGGUUUUAAGACUAAACACUUUAUUACAUGACUUGUUUGGAUAGAAUUUUUUCAUGUUGGGUUUUAUCAGUACUGAGAUCCUCUGUGGUUAUCAAAGCAUCUCCACUUUUUUUAUUCUACUAAUAUCCACAUAUCAGCACACCCACUACUCACAGAUGCACCAGGCUGCCCUGACCUGCGCUUUGAUCUACCCUGCUUAACAAUCAUGAAGCCGACUGAUUGAGCAUCUAUAACCUACCGACAGUUCAUCAUGUGUGUGGUUUGCUACAUGCUGCACCAGCUGACCAUGACCCCUCCCCCCAAACCCCACGCCGAAACACUUGAACAUUUACAUCAGAUAUUGUUUAGACUUUGUUUUUUUUUUUUUGCUAUAGAUGAAAAAGCCCUAUCUUUAGGUCACAUGCUGACAAGUCAGGUCAAAACUAUUGCAACAUAUAGUAUCUCCCCUGUCUGUGAAUGUGUAACGGAGACAGAUAUUUGCCUUACCUUUUAUGCUGGACUGAAUGAUUAUCUAGUGAGGAGGAGGAGGAGGAGGAGGAGGAGGAGCAGCAGUGAGAAGACGAGACACAAGGAGACAGCAGAACAGAAAGCACAUAUCUCCAACAGAUUGCAGCCAUGGCGGCAACAAUAACAGUAUUAACAGGGAGAACAACACUAAGCAUGACACACAGUAGCUAAUGAGAGACUGUUCAUCCAUGGUGCCAGACUUUAAGAGGUGCACGGAUAAUGAUUCAACCAAGACUGGGGAAGGAGCUUUGCAGCGUACAUUACUCUUAAUUUUCUACUUGCUUGAUGAAAGAAUGCGGCUGCAGCGCCGUGACCAAUGGAAUUACACAAAAUGUAUUACAGACUGCUAGCGUCAGUUUAUUACUGUUUCAGGGUGCAGAGAAGUAAUUUCCCUUAAAGCUCAUUGAUUCCUAUUGAAAUAAUUAUGUUUAAUCACUGAGAUCCACUUCAGACAAAAACACACGAACGAGAGGUUGAAACUGAAUACGUUUAAAAGUCAUCUUUUCUUCCUGUAGGCAAAACCUUCACGGCAAAUAGCUCUUAGCCAGUGACACUCAUUCAAGGUUUUUUGCAUGUACUGUAUUUAGCUUAGUAGCCUUUUUUUUUUCUUUUUUUUUUUUUUUUUUCACACCAGGUUUUGGACUUUAACGUACUCUUUUUUUCCCAGGCAAUCGCCCCAUGUGGUGGUUGAGAUACAGUAUGAGCAACCAUGGCAGAAAGGUUCUCAUUUGGUUUAGAGGAAGUAGGCAGGAAAUUUACAGUGCAUGUAAAACAGCUGUGUCGGGAUACUUUGCCAUUCUGGCUCCUCCAUUGAGACACCUCGCAGUGUUACAUUAGCCAUCCACACCAGGACGUUUUCUUAGGAACCAAAGUUAAAUUUCUGUUCUCAUGAUGAAAUAUUGAUGUUGUUCCAUGUAUGUGCCUUGAGGUUGAACUUACAAUGUAAAGUCCUUGAAACCUUUAAAUGUUUUUGCACAAACUGUAAAUACUUAAGUGAAGCUUUUUGAAAAUAAAAGAGCCAUUGGAUUUGA